AUGGCCCAAAAUGAAGUAAUGGAAGAAAAAGAAGAAGAAUCAUUCAAGACAAUUAACAAUGAUGCAACAUCUUCAGACAGUUGUGGGUCAUCAGGAAGUGAUGAGGACUAUUUAUGCCCGGAAACUUGCACUGAUGAUGAAUCUGACUCAAGUGACAUUGAAGGGACACUUAACAAUGAGAAAAAAUUUAUUGUGUUUGAAAGUAUGCUUGAUCAGUUGUUUAUCAAUUGCAAAACAUGUGGUUCUCUUUGUGACAUUGAAAAAUCUACAACUGGCAGCAUGGUAGAAGUAAGAGCAACAUGCAACAAAAAUCAUACCCAUCAUUGGACAUCACAGCCUUUGCUUCACAACAAGCCAGCUGGAAAUGUUUUGAUUCCUGCAGCAAUAAUAUUAACCGGGGAGACUUUUGAGCCAAUGAAGCAAUUUUCCAUGGCAUUUAAUUUGACUUUUGUGAAUAAGUAUCAAUUCUAUAAAGUUCAAGAUGAAAUUGUAUUCCCAGUCAUAAAUUCAACCUAUGAAAAGCAACAAAACAAUUUAUUGCAAAUAAUAAAAGAAGCUAAGGCAAUUAACUUAUGUGGUGAUGGACGAUCUGACAGUCCUGGGCACAAUGCCAAAUAUGGAACUUACACUUUAAUGGACGAAAGUUCUGGAAAAAUUCUUGACUUCUCCUUGGUUCAUGUAUCAGAGGUUUCUUCUUCAUAUGCCAUGGAAAAUGAAGGUUGUCAACGGUCUCUCAACAAACUCAUCAACCAAGAUGUGAAGAUAAGGUCAUUGACAACUGAUCGUCAUGUUCAAAUCACAUCUGAGUUGAAGAAGAAAUAUCCUUCAAUAAUCCAUCAGUUUGAUGUGUGGCAUUUGUCAAAGUGGGUUACCAGAAAGUUGUCAAAAAAAGCCCAGAAACAUGAACCCCUACUCAAAUGGGUGCAGUCUGUAUCCAACCAUUUGUGGUGGUGCUCUCAGUCUUGCAAGGAGAUGCAGAUUUGUUGCAAGAAAAAUGGGUUUCCAUAUUAA